AUCAAGCACCUAGGCAUGCAGACUACUUCUACAAAUAUUUAUAAAAGCAUGGGUCACUCUCAGGAGCUCAGUGAAUUCAAGCAUGGUACCAUGAUAGGUUGCCACCUGUGCAGUAAGUCCAUCCGUGAAAUUUCCUUUCUACAGAAUAUUCCACGGUCAACUGUUAGUAGUAUUAAAACAAAGUGGAAGCAACUGGGAACAACAACAACUCAGCCACAAAGUGGAAGGCCACAUAAAAUGACAGAUCAGAGUCAGCGCAUGCUGAAGCACACAGUGCACAGAUGUUACCAACUGUCUGCAGAGUCAGUAGCUAAAAACCUCCAAACUUCAUGUGGCCUUCAGAUUAGCACAGCCACAGUGCAUAGGGAGCUUCAUGAAAUGGGUUUCCAUGGCCAAGCAGCUGCAUCCAAGCCUUUCAUCACCAAGUGCAUUGCAAAGCAUUGCAUACAGUGGCGUAAAGCACACUGCCACUGGACUCUAGAGCGGUACUUGCCUGACUGCAUUUUUCCAAGUGUUCAGUUU